AUGACCAUCGCAGACUACACCGACGCCUUCUGGCAAUGCUUCUUCAUUCCAACACCAUCUCUGACCGAGAAGAAUCUUCCCAACCAAGCCGGACGAGUGUUCAUCAUCACGGGAGGAUACGCAGGAUGUGGCAAAGAGCUCUCAAAGAUCGUCUACUCCAAGAACGGAACAGUAUACCUCGCUGGUCGAUCGAAGGACAAGGCAGACAAGGCCAUCGAGGAGAUCAAGCAAGCCCACCCAUCUUCUGACGGACGUCUCGAGUUCCUGCAGGUUGACCUGGCAGAUCUGGCCUCCAUCAAACCUUCCGUCGACUCCUUCAUGCAAAAGGAACAACGCCUCGACGUCCUCACCAACAACGCCGGCGUCAUGGUCCCGCCAGACGGAUCCAAAGCCUCGCAAGGCCACGAACUGCAAAUGGGCACCAACUGCCUCGGCCCUUACCUCUUCACCAAGCUCCUCACGCCUUUGCUCCAGAAGACCGCUUCCUCCAGCCCGCCAGGCUCCGUCCGCGUGACGUGGGCCGCGUCAAUGGCUACGCUGUUCUCACCAACCAACGGCGUGGUGAUGGAGUCCGCCGGCCCUAAAGUCCACGGCCAGAACGGCGUCAACUACGCGCAGUCGAAAGCCGGUAACGUGCUGCUCGCGAAAGGGUAUCAAGCGGAGCACAGCAAGGACGGUAUCGUCAGCAACUCCUGGAACCCGGGCAACUUGAAGAGCGAACUGCAGCGCCAUGUCCCUUCGGUGGGCACGAUGCUCAUGGGCUUCAUGUUGUAUCAACCGGUGUAUGGUGCGUACACCGAGUUGUACGCUGGAUGGGCGGAGGAGGCGGGGAAGGAGGAGGGGAAGGGGGCGUAUUAUGGACCGUGGGGGAGGCAGGUGAAGCUGAGGGAUGAUGUGAGGAACAGCUCGGCGCAGAAAGAGUUUUUGGAGUGGUGUGAGAAGGAGACGAAGCCGUUUGCGUAG